AUGGAGCUACAAACUCGAGCAAACAAGACACCAGCGCCAUUUUCAUUCGCGCCCAGUCAAAUCUUCGAAGGGAAUGACGGAAAAUGGUCAACAUUCGCACUUCGUGUGGGGACCCCAGAACAAAUAUUCCACGUUCUCAUUUCUACAGCAGGCCAAGAAACGUGGGUUCCAGUACCAGAAGGCUGUCUUUCGACAGAUCCGAGUGAUUGUGGAGCCCAGAGGGGAGUUCUUCCUUUUCGUAAUCAACCAAGUAGUGGCUUCCAAAUAAAUGCAGUAGGUACAGUACAAGCAAAAUAUGUAGUUUUUAGAAGCUGAUAGAUGGAGCAGUCUUCGACUUGGACACCGAUAAAUCGAUACGAGCUGGGUCUUGACAAGGAGUUGAAUUAUACAGGAAACGGGGAAUAUGGAUUCGAUACCGUAGGACUACAGGAUUCGAUACCGUAGGACUACAGUUACCGCAGAGUGGCGGCGUGUCUUCAGAGCAUCAACUUGUUGCAGGUGAGAUCCUCGGAAACCGGAUUGCUAUAUAUUGAAGCGGCUUGUUGACAACGAUGCAGGUAUCGCAACGAAAGAUUUCUACCUUGGGAUGUUCGGUCUCGGUCCAAAACCAACGAAUUUCACAACCUUUAACAACCCCCAAGGAAGCUUUUUAUGGUCAGAACGCAAUCAAAGCCUGAUCCCAAGUCUCUCAUGGGGAUAUACAGCAGGUGCAAAUUACCAGUUGACAAGGACGCCAGGGAGCUUGACACUGGGUGGAUAUGAUGCGUCUCGAUUCAUACCCAAUAACUUGACCUUUCAAUUCGGUGCCGAUGACUCGAAACCUCUGACGCUCGGUCUCCAGGCUAUUCAGGCGACAAACACAUUUCAGGGUGUUAUGUCUCUACUCCCAUCUGGGAUUCUGACUUUCAUAGAUUCCACAGUCCCGGAGAUAUGGCUUCCUCUGGCAGUGUGUAGAAUUUUUGAAGCAGCUUUUGGACUACAGUACGACCCUAGCACAGAUAGGUAUCUUGUCAAUGAUAUCAUUCACGCCGCUUUGGUCUUGAUGAACCCCGUUUUGACCUUCAAGAUCGGCUCCCCCGUUGACGGAGGAAACAAUACUAAUAUAAACCUGCCAUAUAAAGCAUUCGAUCUGCAGGCAAGCUAUCCGAUAUAUCCAAACACGACCAAUUACUUUCCACUAAGAAGAGCCAUGAACGAUUCCCAAUAUACUUUGGGCAGGAAUUUUCUACAAGAAGCGUAAGCGAACCAAAGAAUGGAGAACUCCAGCAUCGUUAACCUUUUCAUAGAUAUGUGAUUGCGGACUACGAGCGCUCGAAUUUCUCGGUUUCGCAAUGUGUAUUCAACGAAAAAACGACAAAUGAGAUCAUCACAAUAAAAUCUCCGGCGGAAGUUAUUGGCAAAACAGGUCUACAAAAGAACGCUCUCAUUGGAAUUGUGGUCGCCGCUGUGGUCUUUCUCGCGAUAUCAUUGAUUGGGGUGGUAUUCUGGUUUCGCCGUCGUAAAAGUCGAAGACUCAAGAACGGAGAAAGUAGUGAUCAGGUCUGGUUGGACAAACAUAAUACAGCAGAGGAUGAAAGAGACACACCGGGUCAUACAGGGCCUAUAGAAGCUUCAGCAGAUCACCGGCGGUUCGAAAUUAUGGGAAGAGAAAAGGACCUCCCAACACAUGAACUACUUACUGUGGAUCAAGCAACGGAAAUGAUAGGGAGAGAUCGGGAUUUAGCCCAUGAGCUUUAUACGGUAGACAAGGUCGUGGAAUUACCUGCUGGUAGAAAUGGAGCUUGAUUGAAAAUGUCAAUGUUGAAAUUAAUACUCAGCCCGGCCUCAUAAAUUUGAUAAUUACCAAGUGCAUGCAGUAAGCGAAUGAAUAGAACAC